GGGGCAGGCCGUCUUUCGGCACUCUAUGAAACAGUGGCAGGCACAAACGACUGGCUUCAGUCACGAACCAGUGCUCAUCACGUGCGUCUCUCUCUCUCUCUCUCUCGUGUGUGUUUAACAUUCGCGCCACUCUGUUCCCAUUCGCAGAGACACGCCAGUCACACGCCACGGGCGUUUCACAAGUUCACAACUUCGACACUUUGUCGCUCGCCAAAGUUUUUUUUUCUUUUUUUGACAGCGGACAAAGUCGAACAUUUUUUCUUUUCUUUUUUUCUUUUUUGAUUGGCCGGCCCAUCGGCAAAGUUGAGAAUAAGAAAAGGCAGAAAAAAAUGAUUUUUUUGUCUUUUGUCUUUCGGCCGACUAAUUCAGCGCCGCAUGUCGACAUUUUCGAUUGUGAGUCUGAAUAACGGCAGUUGCGUAAUCUUGCCCAGAAACUUGCAAUCAGCUGGGAUGACAAACUUUUGGGGGGUAGAAAACGGCCCAAAAAAAGUUCGAUAUUAGACAAGGUACUACUGCUGCUCCUACAUACAGUGUUUGUCGUCUCAUAAGUUGCCGUCUCUAGACUCAUAACGGCCGUUAUUAUAUAGCAGAGAGAAAAGAUUGCUGGAAUUAACUUGACAACAAUUCCAAUGCCAUUGGCGCAAGACCCGUAUAAUUCACGCAGGAUCAACUUCAAAUCAAGAAAAACAACCGAGACCCAACAAAAAAACAAAAAUCCCCGGCUGUCUGAAAAAUUUGAUAUAAAUAUAACAGACGGGCCAAAAAAUCAGAAAAAAUCAGAAAAAAGUUUCGUUCCAGUCAUUUAUCUCUCUUUGGGGUGUGACACAUUUGUUUAUUUUUUCCCCCCUCGUCAUCCAAGAAAAGGGACAAAAAAAAGUGACACGGUAGAGCAGAGCAGCUGAUCUCCUCUGGUGUUGUCCAGCACCGAGAAACUCCUCUCUACUGUCAAGUGAAGGGUCUGUGUGUGAUAUGGGCGCUAGUUUCGUCUGGUGACAUUAGACACACAGCAGAGGCCGUCCCGCCUAACUUGGGCUAAAUUGGCAGCGACAAGUUCCAGCAUCGCUUCCGGAUUUCCACAGGGAUAACACGCACAACAAAAAAUAGAAAGAAGAAAAAAAAAAGGAACAAGUGUCGUCGCAUAUCAAGAUGAAUCGCCGUCUCGUACAGCACAUCCUCUUCUUGGGAGCCGUUUUCAUGGCCAGCUUGGCUGGUGUGUCAAGUAUCCGCGUGUCGCAUCUGAUCGUGCCGACCCAAGUCGGGCGAGGUCACGACGCCCAGCUGCAUUGCCAUUUCAAUCUCGGCGGCAACAUCCUCUACUCAGUCAAAUGGUUCAAAGGGUCUCAAGAGUUCUUCCGCAUCGGUCCCGACGGAUCUCGACCGCAAGUCUUCCCGCAUCUUUCCAAUUUGACUGUUGACAUCCAGCGCUCCAAUUUAUCGACCGUUUAUCUCAGAAACAUCCAGAGGAGUAACGCCGGAACUUAUCGAUGCGAGGUCUCGUGCGAAGGCCCCCACUUUGAAACGGAUUUCAGAGAAGCCAAUAUGUCAGUCAUCGAUUUGCCCCUUCAAGGACCCAUCAUUAUUAACGUCCAGACGAGCUACCUGCCAGGUGAACGGGUGUCACUCAACUGCACUUCGGCUCCUUCCAAACCGAUGGCCAUUCUCCAGUGGAGUAUCGACGGAGAACAAAUGGGCGAACCGCAUGUGAAACGAUACAUGGAUGGUUCGAUUGCGGCGUCGACCUUGCCGGUCUCAAGAGGGUCAGAAGCCAACGCCAGACAAGGAGGAGGUUGGCACCAAAGUGGGCGGCCGGCCGACAUGAUGAUGGAGAGCGAUUACGGCGACGAGAGCGUGGCCACCGUCGGACUGGAAUUCGACGCCGACCUGCCCCGCCAAAUGUCGUCCAGCGGAGUUUUCGCCAUCAGGCGGGUCUCGUGCACGGCCUUCGUCGGCGACAUCUACAAAGCCGUCACCUACGCCAAUCUGUCGAUCGUCGACGGACGGGCGGCCAAGGCCGUCGCCACCGUUCGCACCCCGUCCCAUCUCCUUCACUCUUCCAAUGGAAGUUCGGGACACGGGCGGAGCUGCUGGAAUUCCACAUGGAUCGGACUUGUCGUUUGUUGUCUACUCCAAUUGAUGCGUCAAAUGGUAAUCGAUACGAUUUCGACGGAGGCGUAGUGGAAGAAUACUAAGGACGUAUUUCUUCAUAUAUAGCUCUGCAUUCGAUUAUUAUUACGUCAAUGUAUUUCAGUCAAUUAAAUUAUUACCCUCGGCAUAGACAGCAGUUAAAUGCCUAACGUAUAUAUACAUGAGUAUUUCAUUUUAUUGAUUCCAGUCUUCUGCAUAUAAGCUGAUCAUUUGUUACAUACCGAAUAGGCAUAAUACUCUCGAUGUUGGAAAUAAACUUGUCUCUUUGUA